AUGGCCGCCAGAUCUCCGACGUACGACCAGCUCAGCGAAAAUGCGCAUAGCUGGGACAAUGACGAAAUGAGCCACGAUGAAACGGCGGCCUCACGCUGUAUCUGCAGUCGCUGCACACGGAAUUGCGUUUGGGGUACGGAUUACAACGAGCAUUUGCAGCCGAAUUGUAGCCUGAAGAAGGCACUUUUCUGCCCCGGGUGCCGUCAGGGCCCCUUUUGCCGUGGGGGAGACCUCAUCGCCCACAUUGAGACGUAUCAGUGUGGGCAAUCCGGCUUGGACGACGGCGACCAGCAACGUGACGAAAACGUCGAAUCUACCAAUAUACUAGAGAUGAUUUCCAGCCAGCGCAUCCGAGGCAACUUCGCACCCAACAUACAUUCCGGCCUGAUUCCCGAUUCCGUGGAGCCAUGGCGUUGGGCCGAUGGCUCUUCGACGAUGGCUCAGCCUCCCGACUGGCACGAUGACGAUGUGGCGGAACAAUCGAGACGUGCAAGGCGGUAUGAUUAUGCUCGCUGUGGAAUGUCGUCGGCGACGAUGAAUGGGGUCGAAAGCAAGGCGAGAAGGACGAACUAUGGGCACAAGUCCAUCAGCGCCAUGGAUUUCCUCCUCCGCAAAGAUGCCACCGUGGAGAGCAGUGGUCCCAUCAAGCUUCCCGGAGGCGAGGGCGUCACCGACUGGGGUGCCGCCAGAGACGAGGGCCUCCGGUACCCCGCUGCAUCCCGCGUCUGCGGUGACGGUUCGCCGAGUCAUCCUUACGAGCGUCCGGCGAAGAAAAUACGGGAAGGCGAGGAGAGUUACAGGGCCAUGUCUUGCGUGGACUCGCUGCCGUUCGACAAGAAGCAUGCCGACCACCCUAGUCAUCCGGGAUUCAACGCGCUGGACUACUGGAACACGGACUUGGAACGUUUCAAGUGCCCGAGGCGCGAUUGUGGAAGGCUCUUCUCUUGCCGUCACAGCCUUACCUACCACCUCAAAUACCAUCCUUAUGACACCAGAAGGCACCAAUGCCCAGGCUGCGGCAAAAUCUUCAAGCCUCUUGCCGCAGUGACAAUUCACUCCGAGGCUCACAGUGCCCGGUGCCAGGUUCGACAUGGAGAAGGCUGCAGCGUCUACAUGGACCAUGGCGAUGGUGUCAGCGCGGGUAGUGCACCACACAACGUCGCCAACAAUGCGGCCGAGGACGAUUGGGGUCGGAUGAGUCUUGGAGAGGAGGACGAGAGUGCGCCUGCAAAGAACCCUCGGUACGCACCGGGUGAUGUCUUCUGGUAA